AAAUAUAAACGUUUGUUAACGUUUAUUAAAAAAAAAAAUUCAUUCAGAUUCCACUCGAAGAAAUAUUUCGCGAUUAAUUACGAGUCGAUCCCUUUGCACGGUGCUCUGGACGUUGUAGCCGCCUCGACCGCGUCGAUAAUCUGCGUGAGCGUGUUGAAAAAGAAAUGCCAACAAUCGGAUCUCUACCAAGACAUGUCCCCUUGCGUUCGGUGUCAAGAUUUUGACGUUUUACCGGACGAGGUGGUUCGCAAAAUGGACGUGAUUCUGUUGUGCCUGCAAAACCCUAAUGACAUCGAGAACAUCAUAUGCCGGAUAAAAGACGUGUUGUACAUUUUGGAAAGGUUGACGCCGUGCAGGAUGUCGGAGAAAAUUCACACUUUGUCUCUUCUUCUCAAGGAAAUAGUGAAGAAGCUCGUUUGCCCUGUCCAAGCUUUGGAAGAAUCGUUCGACAAUACGCAAACCAAGAUGACACUGAACCUCGUGAACAACUUUAUUCGGGACUGGAGCGAGAAAAGGUCUAAAUCCUACCCUUCUCUCAGGAUAUGCAGAUUCUGCGACCGCGCAAUCGCUGAAACGACUCGACAAUGGGGGACAUUUUGCUGCGAGGAGGCGUUCAAGUUCAACAACAUCCGGAUCGAGUGGGUCCUCCGUCAAUCGAUAUCGGUCAGUUCCACGAUUUCUCUUUUACCUCCUUUCGUUACGACAGUUCGAAAAGCGCGCGCAUUCCACUCUUUCGACGCCAUCUUGGCAUUCCCUGACAACUGUCUUGAAAUCAAGGAGGACGAGAAAUUAUUGACGGAGAACGAGAAAAAGAUCAUCGAAUUGGUGAAGAAGGAGAGGGAGAAAGAAAUCGAUUUCAUCAGGGUGAAGGAGUACGUGAAGCCGAUCGAAUUCCCUUACNNNNAGGUGGUGAAAGUGUACGAGAAGCCGAUCGAGGAAACCACGAUCAAGUACCAAUUAUCAAACCCGUUGUUCGUGAAGCUCGGCUGGACCAUGCUCCCCGUUUCGAAAGUCAUGAGGAAAGUUAUCGAGUAUCAAACGACUCCUGCCAAACCUCAUCUCGAUUGGUUCAAGAAAUACAGGCUCGAAAGAAGACUGUAUUACAAUGACAAGCGCAUCUUUAUGAAUUUCUCCGGCGCAAGAUCGGCGGAAAUAUAUUAUCCGAACGGGAGCCUUGCCAUUAAAUUCAGCAGGCCGCCGGAGCGAGACUACGAUAUGUAUACUGUAUUCAGCCCAGGAGGAAAAGAUUUCAUGGGCGUGAAGAGGAGGCCCCAGAUCAUCGCUGUAUUCGACACGAUGGGGAACGGCGCCGUGUUCGACGAGGAAGGAAGGACGAGGAUUUCGUUCAAUCAGAUCGGGGGUGUUUGGAAGGAUAAUCCGACCAGGAUCCCCCUCACGUGGAGGUGGGACAUAUUCGAGAGGACGCCGAUACUGGAGAACGUGUACGUGGAGAAAUCCGCGGCCCAUUUGGAGAAAUAUUUCUACCCGCCGACGAUGAAGGUGUUCAGGAGCAACAAAGUGUCCACGCCGUCACUGAUUUCGCGAAAGGAGAAGAGGGUGGAAUACGUGAAACCUGUUUUCGAGGAGGAGUACGAGGAGGAGGAGGAGGAGGAGGAGGAGAAGGUGCAGGAGGUCGAGUCCGAGCAAAUUUACUCGAGCGAUGCUUGCUACUUGAAACCGAUCUUCGUGCAAAUGAACGAUUACAUCAGUUUGAAAAUUUUGAAUCGGCGCACCGUCACCCUUCGAUUCCUUGCCAACACGAAAAACGUCAGAAUAGAGCUCGGCACGAUCUUAAAUUUAACCAAGGAAGUGGGAUUCUACUUCGUGGAUAUGAGGGUGAAAUUUAGUUUACUGAAAUGCAAGUUCGACGAUCCGAUCCACAUAAGGCCCGACAGCAGCGUGUACAACAUAUACAAGGAAUUGGAAAAAAUCAAAAAAAUGGCCAAGCAACGGGAGCUCAUGAUGGAGAAGUACAGACCAUACUUGCAUACUUGGAAAAUGAUGGGGACCAGAUGUCGUCCCCGAUAAUUCCACGUCCGUUUCCACCUCCAAUUCCCUCGA